AUGGUGGGGGAAAAACUGUAUACAUGUUCUAUGUGUUUGUUUGUUAAAGAAUUCACAAACGAAUCACUGAUGAUUCAUCAACUCAUUAUUACAGAAGACAGGAAACAUACGUUUAUGCGCACGCACGUUGGGAAGACGUUUAGUCAGCUGCCUGACCUGUUGGCAGAGCAGAGUGUUCACACAGGGGAGAAGCUGUUCACUUGUUCCACGUGUGGGAAGAAUUUCUCUCGUUCAUCAAAUUUGCUGGCCCACCAGCGAGUUCACAGUGGGGAGAGGCCUUUCACCUGCUGCACAUGUGGCAGGAGCUUCUCUCGUUCAUCAAAUCUGCUGGCACACCAGCGAGUUCACACUGGGGAGAGACCAUUCAGUUGCUCCACCUGUGGGGAAGAAUUCACUCGGUCGUCAAGUUUGCAGACCCACCAGCGAGUUCACACUGGGGAGAGGCCAUUUAGUUGCUCUACUUGUGGGAAGGAAUUCACACGCUCAUCCCAUCUGUUGAGACACCAGCGCAUUCACUCAGGGGAGAUGCCUUUCACCUGCUCCGUGUGUGGGAAAGGAUUCACUCAAUCUUCCAACUUGCUGACACACCAGCUUGUUCACUCUGGGGAACGGCCAUUCACGUGUUCCCAGUGUGGGAAGGGAUUCACUCGGUCAUCUCACCUUCUGACGCACCAUCGUAUUCAUGAGGGAGAGAGGCCAUUUAUCUGUUCCGUGUGUGGGAAGGCAUUUAUCCAGUCCUCCAGUCUGCUGACACACAGGCGAAUUCACACUGGGGAGAGGCCAUUUGUUUGUUGCGUCUGUGGGAAGGGAUUCACUCGGUCAUCCAACCUGCUGUCACAUCAGAGUGUUCAUACUGGAGAGAAACCAUUCACCUGUUCUGUAUGUGGAAAUAGAUUCACUCGUUCCUCCAGCCUGUUGGCACACCAGCAUGUUCACACUGGCGAGAAACCAUUCACCUGCACUGUGUGUGGGAAAGGAUUUACUCGCUCAUCCAACCUGGUUACACACCAACGUAUUCACAGCGGAGAGAGACCAUUUACAUGUUCUGUGUGUGGAAAAGGAUUCACUCGUUCAUCUAACCUGCUGACACACCAACGAGUUCACAUUUAG